AUGGCCGCUGGACAGCAGACGCCAUGCCAGCACCAGCACUCGCAUCUCGCUAGAGCCGUCGUGGUGAGAAACUCCAGCUUCAGCCCGUCGCCGCCGCCAGCAUCACUCUCAGCUUCUUCCUCAGCCAGGCCGAAGAAGAACGGCUUUCCCAGCAGCAGCAGAUCUGCCUCUUCGCUCUCGUCGGCCUCCUCGUCGUCGCCUCUCGCGUCUAAUGGUGACGGCACUGCCGCUGCCGCCGCCUCCUCCUCUUCCUCCAGCAUGACAGACAUCCAGCACCACCAGCAUCAUCCUCCCGCCGGCACUCCCAGCCCGCCGUCAGCGGCCUCUCCAGGAGUCCACCAGCAUCACUAUGGCUCGACGCUGGCACCGCCUGCAAAAACGGUCGUGGGCAGGGCCCUGGGCAUAGAUCGCUUCUCAGAGCCCCAGCAACGCCGGACCAGCGGCGACUCUGCUGCUCCUGGUGGCCUGGCUGCACCAGGCUGUGGCCUCUCCAUGGCCGAUACUCCACUCCCCAGCGCCCCAGCAUCGCCGCAGAUGACACCUCGAUCUCAUGGCUCUGGAGCUUCAACCCCAGGCAAACACCGCGCCACCACUCUUGAUAUACCCGGGCUGACCAAGUCCAAGGUCUCACCAGAUGGCCGCAUCGCACAGCGUGACAUUGGGUCGAAACUUGUGAUUGUCAUGGUCGGCCUUCCCGCCAGAGGCAAAAGCUACAUCACCAAGAAGCUUUGCCGCUACCUCAACUGGCUGCAGCACGACACGAAGAUCUUCAAUGUAGGAGAACGCCGUCGAGUCGUGGCCAGCUCUACCCCGCAGACCGAACCAAAGAAGAUUGGCCCCGUUGUCGAUGAGAAGCUGAGAAAAUCCGUGCGAGAGCUCAGCAUUGGCGAGCUCCCUCCAGAGGAACAGGCGGAGCUCGAUGCUGCAGAGAAGAAUAUAAACACUUCUCAAAAUGGUGUACCGUCGGGCGAAAUACCACCUCUUGAUAUGCCGCCAAGCUCCGUUCCGUCUGCCCAAAUAUUUGUCAAUGGUAAGCUUCAGGAUGAACCGUCACCGCAGCCUGAGCCAGCUCCAGACACGGCGGCAGACGGCAGUGCUAACGGGGAGCCGGCCACAGCUGCCAAAGCUGAAGAGGGAAUGGACCAGUCUGCCCAGUUUUUCGACCCAGAUAACCAACGUGCAGUCCAGUUGAGAGAACAGGUUGCCCUAGCUACCCUUGACGAACUACUGGAUUACAUCCUCGAACAAGGAGGAAGCGCCGGCAUCCUAGAUGCAACCAACAGCACCCUGGAACGACGGAAGUCUGUCAUGGCACGUAUUCGUGAACGAGCCGGACCAGAACUAAACGUCCUCUUCCUGGAAAGCUGUUGUUACGACGCUAUGCUACUAGAAUCAAACAUGCGUCUCAAACUCUCAGGACCUGACUACAAGGACAUGGAACCAAUUGUUGCUCUAGAAGACUUCAAAAAGCGUAUCAAGCUAUAUGAACGCAGCUAUGUGCCUCUAGGAGAGUAUGAGGAACAACAUAACAUGCCAUACGUCCAGACAAUCGAUGUCUGCCGCAAGGUCGUUGCCCAUCAAGCCACUGGCUUCAUGGCCUCCCAAGUUGUCUCCUACUUACUGAACUUCAACCUAUCCCCUCGCCAAAUCUGGAUAUCCCGUCAUGGUGAGAGCCUGGACGACGUCAGUGGAAGAAUAGGCGGAAAUGCACCGCUCAGUGAAAAUGGGACUCAGUAUGCCAAAGCCCUUGCUAAAUUCAUUGACCACCAACGCGCACGCUGGGAAGAAUACCAAAAGAUAAAGGCCCUAUCAACCCAUUUCCCACCCCGGCCCGGCGACAGUACCCCCCCAAACCCUCAGUAUGCAGCUCAAAUCAUGGAAGGCGGACGAAACUUCUGCGUCUGGACCUCAAUGCUUACCCGCUGCAUCCAGACAGCGCAAUUCUUUGACGAGGAGGAAUACGAUAUCAAGGAGAUGAGAAUGCUCAACGAGCUUAAUGCGGGGGUAAUGGAAGGAUUGACCUAUGACGAGAUCCGAGAACGCUUCCCAUCCGAUUUUGAAACCCGGAGGAAAGAGAAAUUGCAUUACAGGUUCCCUGGCCCCGGUGGUGAGGGAUACCUCGAUGUCGUCAACCGGUUACGUGCCGUUAUCGUUGAAGUCGAGCGAAUGACGGACCAUGUCCUUCUGGUAGGGCCUAGGUCCGUUGCCAGGACACUGCUAGCUUAUUUCCUCGGCCUGAAGAGAGAGGAUCUCACUGAUCUUGCAGUGCCUCUGGGUAUGAUCUACUCUCUGGAGCCGAAACCAUAUGGCGUUGAAUAUAAAGUCUACCAAUACGAUCCCGAAGCCUGCUGGUUCGAUGAGCUCCCGAAUUACAAAAUCGGCCAAAAGUCUUACUACUAA